AUGACUUCUACCGUUCACGAUCCAAGGCUACUCUACAGCAUCGGCAACAUCCGUGCUUUUCACAUUCAGAAUGGCGAAGAGACAGAGUUGACCCCCUCUGGGCCUCAGACCCUCUCUCUUCUGAUGGUCCCCACCAGAACGUCCUCACCCGGCAAUUCCCCCUCAACGCCUCCCCCUGAUGCGUCUGCAGAGGAAGACUUUUACCUUCAUCUGCAUCUGCCACCGGAACUGGACCUAGCGCUUCCUGCUACCACCCAGAUCUUUCACCAGUCUCCAGACAGCUACUUGAUCCCUCGCUGGGAUGUGGGCCCUGAUGAUGGCGCAUUCAUUCGCAUCCAAUUUCCGGGUAUUGGUUCGGGUCCGGGUAAGGUCACACAGGAUGAUAUAGAUACCUUUGAAACUAUCUUGGCUCAAUGCACGGCGUUCCUCGAACGCGCUCCCCCACCGAGCAAUCAUGCUCCGUAUAACCCCGCAACUUACGCGCCAGGCGAAGGAUAUGUUGCCCCGUCAGGAUUUGCCCAGGAUGAUACCCAUGGCCGGAUCGUUCUUGUGGAUGAGGAAGAUGGAAGCGUCGUUGGUGAAAUGGAAGGGUACGAUGUGGUUGAGAAGCCUGGUGUCAAACCUGGCUCGAAGAGACCCGUGGAGAUUGAACUUCCCACUGAAGCCGAGGGUAACCAAGUCAACGUCAGCAAUGUCUCCGAGGAAUACCUGCGGAUGGCUCGUCAUCCCGUUUACAAAGACUCAACGAUCGUUCAGACCUCUGCGACCGCCUCUCGCUUGAUUGUCACUGGAUCUUCCUACCUUGCCAACGCUAUCACGAGCGGCGCAGAAGCUUUCACCAAAAAGACCAAGCCCAACCCUAAACCGAUGACAUUCUCUGACACCACACAUUCUCGGAUCCGAAAGGUCGGUACAUUCUCGCAGGGUGCUGCCGAACUGUCUGCAAAGACGGUUGGUCAGGUGGGUAAAUACGCUCAGAAUAUCGGUGCCUCCCUGGCCCGCCGCAGGGACAACGGUACGCAGAGGGGUGUCAAUGGGUCCGGGGGCGACUACAAGCCCGGCAUCCUGAACAAAUCGAUGAUUGCGUUCUCGACUUUGACGGAUGGCAUCGAGCAGGGUGCUCGUAACGUAUUGAUUACCGGAUCCAAUGCAGCUAGCACCAUGAUUGGACAUCGCUAUGGCGAGCAGGCUGGCUCGGUGGCCUCCGACCUCACUGGCGGAGUCAAGAAUGUCGGUCUGGUAUAUAUCGACGCCGCAGGUGUCAGCCGCAAAGCUGUGCUGAAGUCUGUUGCGAGGGGCAUGGUCGUCGGCCGUAUGCGCAACGGGCAGCAGGUCCUCGUUGGCACGGGCGACGGCGGUGAUGUCCCCGCUGGAGUAGCUGGCCCAAGUCAGGCAUAUGGCCGUGAGCCGGUUGUAAGACGUCAGUCUCCCAGCUCGACCCCUCCACCCGCAUACGGUGCACCAGGCACUACUUCGUUGAGCGGUAUGUCCAUGUCGGGGGGCAAGCGUUGA